GAGUGUAUGCGCUCGACGGCGUCAUGGCGGAGGCCGGCUGUCGAAGGACCCAUAGCUAAUAUGCCUGCGAUAUCUAGCAGCUAGUAUUGUUCCGUGAUCUACUGAUUAUUGUUUGGAGAUUCAGAGGGAAGGAAAGGGUUUCUCGUUGAAAAGAAGAAACAACGGAAGCUUGAAUUGAUAUUGUGAAGGACCGCUGGGUUGCUCUCCCAGGGAGCAGGCUAGCCAGCUAGCAACCGUUAGCUGCUAGCUCAAGAAAAUAGAAAAAAGGACCUCAGCGUUGGACGCGGAGACGGUGGACCCUCGCUUGAGGCAGGUGAAGCACCCAGUAGUUGGUGUACUGGGCCAAGACCUUACUUCUGGGGCUGUCUUUUGGACACUCCCAAAAUGGACGGGCGAAGUGAAGACGAGAGCGUGAGCAACAGCAGUGGAGAGUCAAGUAACUCUGACGAUGAGUCCGGAUCCGGAUCUGGGUCGGGUUCUGGCUCCAGCUCCAGCAGCAGCAGCUCCAGCAGCAGCCAAUCGGGAAGCAGCGACUCAGGAAGUGGCUCCGACUCCGGCAGCCAGUCGGACUCGGACAACGAAAAGUCCAAGAAGCCUGAACCAGCGAAGAUCGACGGGGCAGAGUUCUGGAAGUCGAACCCCAGCAUCCUGGCAGUGCAGAGGUCGGCCAUGCUCAGGAAACAACAGCUUCAGCAGCAGCAGCAACAGCAGCAGCAGCAGCAGCAACAACAGAGCUCCUCAAACAGCUCAGAUGAGGACUCCUCCAGCAGCGAUGAUUCGGAUGAUGAUUCGUCACGAAAAAGCAAAGGGUCUGGGUCAGGUUCUGAUUCUGAUUCCGGGUCGGGCUCGGAUUCGGGCUCUGGUUCCGGCUCUGAUUCCUCGGGAGAGGAAGAGGAGGGACACAGCGAUGCUUCGGCAUCCGACUACGAACCCAGUCACAAAGUCAAGAGCCGCAAGCCGCCCACCAAGGCCAUCGCCCGUAACGGCAAGAAGAGCAGCAAAGCGGCAAAGAAGAAGAAGCCGUCGGCGGGCUCCUCGUCGGACGACGAUGACGACUACAAGAAAGCGAUGGCGGGGCCGCGGCGGCAGGCCACCGUCAACGUCAGCUACAAGGAGGACGAGGAGAUGAAGACGGACUCGGACGACCUGGUGGAGGUGGCCGGGGAGGACGUCCCCCAGCCCGAGGAGGACGAGUUCGAGACGCUGGAGCGAGUCAUGGACACACGGAUCGGCAGGAAGGGAGUUACGGGGGGCACCACGACGGUGUACGCGGUGGAGGCGGACGGGGACCCCAACAGCGGCUUCAACCCGCAGCGGGAGGCGGGCGACGUGCAGUACCUGAUCAAGUGGAAGGGCUGGUCCCACAUUCACAACACCUGGGAGACGGAGGAGACGCUCAAACUGCAGAACGUCAAGGGCAUGAAGAAGCUGGACAACUUCAAGAAGAAGAAGCAGGAGGAGAGGAAAUGGCUAAAGGCAUCAUCUCCUGAAGACGUGGAGUAUUUCAACUGUCAGCAGGAGCUCAUGGAAGACCUGCACUCCCAAUACCAGCUAGUGGAGAGAAUCAUUGGCCACUCGAAUCAGAAGUCCGCGGCGGGCUACCCCGACUACCUGUGUAAAUGGCAGGGGCUGCCCUACUCGGAGUGCAGCUGGGAGGAUGGGGCCCUCAUCGCCAGGAAGUUCCAGAAGUGUAUCGACGAGUACAUGUGCCGGAACCAGUCCAAAACCAUUCCCUACAGAGACUGCAAGGUGUUGAAGCAGCGGCCCAGGUUUCAGCCCAUGAAGAAGCAGCCGCAGUUCAUCGUCGGCAUUGACGGCCUGGAGCUGAGAGACUACCAGCUGGACGGCCUCAACUGGAUGGCUCACUCCUGGUGCAAAGGCAACAGCUGCAUCCUGGCUGACGAGAUGGGUUUGGGUAAGACCAUCCAGACCAUCUCCUUCCUGAACUACCUGUUCCACGAGCACCAGCUGUACGGGCCCUUCCUGCUGGUGGUGCCCCUCUCCACCCUCACCUCCUGGCAGAGGGAGAUCCAGCUCUGGGCACCCCAGAUGAACGUGGUCGUCUACCUGGGGGACAUCAACAGCAGGAACAUGAUCAGGACACACGAGUGGAUGCAUGUUCAGAACAAGCGGCUGAAGCUCAACAUCCUGCUCACCACCUACGAGAUCCUCUUGAAAGACAAGUCAUUCCUGGGCAACGUGAGCUGGGCCUUCAUUGGCGUGGACGAGGCCCACCGGCUAAAGAACGACGACUCGCUGCUCUACAAGACAAUGAUUGAAUUCCGCUCCAAUCACCGGCUGCUCAUCACCGGCACGCCGCUGCAGAACUCGCUCAAGGAGCUCUGGUCACUCCUGCACUUCAUCAUGCCAGAGAAGUUCCACUCCUGGGAGAUAUUUGAGGAGGAGCAUGGGAAGGGCCGUGACUCUGGCUACCAGAGCCUGCACAAGGAGCUGGAGCCCUUCCUGCUGCGCCGCGUCAAGAAGGACGUGGAGAAGUCGCUGCCCGCCAAGGUGGAGCAGAUCCUCAGGGUGGAGAUGAGCGCCAUCCAGAAGCAGUACUACAAGUGGAUUUUGACCAGGAACUACAAAGCUCUUAGCAAAGGCACAAAGGGCAGCACGUCGGGCUUCCUCAACAUCAUGAUGGAGCUGAAGAAGUGCUGUAACCACUGCUACCUCAUCAAGCCGCCCGAGGACAACGAGUUCUACAACAAACAGGAGGCCCUGCAGCACUUGAUUCGUAGCAGUGGGAAGCUGGUGCUGUUGGACAAGCUGCUGCUUCGGCUGAAGGAGCGCGGCCACCGCGUGCUCAUCUUCUCUCAGAUGGUCCGGAUGCUGGACAUCCUGGCCGAGUACCUGAAGAGCCGGCAGUUCUACUUCCAGCGGUUAGAUGGCUCCAUCAAGGGUGAGAUGAGAAGGCAGGCACUGGAUCAUUUCAACGCGGAGGGCUCAGAGGAUUUCUGUUUCCUGCUGUCCACAAGAGCAGGGGGUCUGGGUAUCAACUUGGCGUCUGCAGACACAGUGGUGAUCUUUGACUCUGACUGGAAUCCCCAGAACGAUUUGCAGGCCCAGGCGAGAGCUCACAGGAUUGGGCAGAAGAGACAGGUAAACAUCUAUCGGUUGGUGACCAAAGGCUCGGUGGAGGAGGACAUUAUCGAGCGAGCCAAGAAGAAGAUGGUGCUGGACCACCUGGUCAUCCAGAGGAUGGACACUACGGGCAAGACUGUUCUCGACACCGGGGCCGCCCCCUCCAGUUCCACUCCCUUCAACAAGGAGGAGCUGUCUGCCAUCUUGAAAUUCGGUGCGGAGGAGCUGUUCAAGGAGCCAGAGGGAGAAGAGCAGGAGCCUCAGGAAAUGGACAUCGAUGAGAUCCUGAAGAGGGCGGAGACGAGGGAGAAUGACCCGGGCCACUCGAGUAUAGGAGAGGAACUCCUAUCUCAGUUCAAGGUGGCGAACUUCACCAUGGAGGACGAGGAGAUGGAGAUGGACGGGGAGCGGGGCCAGCGGCACUGGGACGACAUCAUCCCCGAGGAGCAGCGACUGAGGCUGGAGGAGGAGGAGCGGCAGAAGGAGCUGGAGAAGAUCUACCUGCUGCCGCGCAUGAGGAAGUGCACCAAGGCGAUAAGCUUUAACGGAAACGAGGGCCGGCGGAGUCGGAACCGGCGGUACUCGGGGUCCGAUAGCGACUCGGUGUCGGACAGGAAGAGGCCUAAGAAACGCGGCCGGCCUCGGACCAUCCCACGAGAAAACAUCAAGGGCUUCACGGACGCCGAAAUCCGAAGAUUCAUCAAGAGCUACAAAAAAUUCGGGGGUCCUCUGGAAAGGUUAGAUGCGAUCGCGCGAGAUGCGGAGCUGGUGGAUAAGUCCGAGCAUGAUCUGCGACGGUUGGCGGAGACGGUGCAUAACGGCUGCGUGCGGACGUUACGGGAGAACCCCUGUGGCCCCGAGAAGACCUCAGUGGGUGGCAGGCGGGGCAAGGUGAAGGGCCCUACGUUCCGCAUCUCAGGUGUGCAGGUGAACGCUAAGCUGGUCAUCUCACAUGAAGAGGAGCUGGCUCCCCUGCACAAGGCCAUCCCCUCAGACCCAGAGGAGAGGAAGAGGUAUAAAUUGCCUUGCCAUUCAAAGGCAGCUCACUUUGACAUUGAAUGGGGCAAAGAGGAUGACGCCAGCUUGCUGAUCGGCAUCUACGAGUACGGCUACGGGAGCUGGGAGAUGAUCAAGAUGGACCCAGACCUCAACCUCACUCAUAAGUUGCUCCCUGACGACCCGGACAAGAAGCCCCAGGCCAAGCAGCUCCAGACGCGGGCGGACUACCUCAUCAAAUUACUCAGCAAAGACCUGGCCAAGAAGGAGGCUCAGCGGCAAGCGGGCACGGCCAACUCGCGGAAGAGGAAACCGCGGGGUAAGAAGAAUAAAAAUGUGAAGCCAGCUAAGGUGGACGAGGCGGUGAACAGCAUGUCGUCGGCACCGCCCUCCGACAAGAGCUCAGAGGAGGAGGAGAAGGAGGAGGAAGAAAGGGAACCCGCUCCUGUGAAGCCCCCAACGCGGCGGGCACGAGCGGCAGUGGAGCCAGUGGUGGUGAAGAAGGAGGAGGUGGAGGACGAGGAGGAGGAGGACGAUGAUGACUCUGACUCCGAUCCCCUCACCCCCAAAGAGCCCGAGGAGAAGGAGAAGGAGGUCAAGAAGGAGAUCAAGAAGGAGAAGAAGGAGGACGGGCGCGACAGUAAAGAGAGGCGGGACCCAAAGGAGAAGAAGGAGGCCAAGGGCCCGGAGCCUGUCACCAGGGUAGAGGAGCAGCCACCAGAGAAGAUGGUGGAGGUGAAGGCAGAGGUACGGGAGAAGACCAAGAAGCCUGUAACGCCAGAUACGCCAGUUCACAUCACGGCCAGCGGGGAGCCCGUGCCCAUCUCAGAGGAGUCGGAGGAGCUCGACCAGAAGACCUUCAGUGUGUGUAAGGAGCGUAUGCGCCCAGUGAAAGCAGCCCUGAAGCAGCUGGACCGGCCGGAGAAGGGCCUGUCGGAGCGCGAGCAGCUGGAGCACACGCGGCAGUGCCUCAUCAAGAUCGGAGACCACAUCACCGAGUGUCUCAAGGAGUACUCCAACCCCGAGCUGAUCAAGCAGUGGAGGAAAAACCUUUGGAUAUUUGUGUCAAAAUUCACGGAAUUUGAUGCAAGAAAGCUGCAUAAGUUGUAUAAGCAUGCCAUAAAGAAGAGACAGGAGAACGCUCAGGCAGCGGACCAGAACACUAGCACUGUAAAUACACAAAGCUUUAAACACUCAGAUAUUGAAAGGUUAAAGGACAGCGCGCAGCAAGACGACAGCAGCCGGGACAGCUACAGUUCAGACCGGCACCACUCGUCGUCACGGUACCACAGCGGCGGGGAGCAGGGCAAGGAGCCUCCGCGGCACUCCAGCGACCCCUACAGGAAAGGAGGUAGCGGUGGCGGCAGUGACACGCGGAAACGACCCUACUCCUCCUUCAGCAACGGAAAAGACCUGCGCGACCGAGAGAGAGAACGAGACCGCGACAGAGAUCGGGACCGGGACAGGGACAGGGAUCGAGACCCGUAUCGCUCAGACCGGCAAGACAGCAGAUACUACAGCGACAGCAAGCACAGGAAGCUAGACGACCACCGCUCCAGUCGAGACCACUGGGCGGACGGCGGCUCCAAGGACCGCUCCUCCUCGUCCCACUCCUCAGAUCACCGCUCCUCAUCCCACUCCUCGGACCACCGCUCCGACCACCGCUCAGGCUCUGACUACCACAAGUCGUCGUCGCGAGACUACCGCUACCACUCGGACUGGCCGUCAGGCAGCGGGCCGCCGCGCUCCCCCCGAGACCAGCGCUCCCCCUACGACUCGCGUUCGCCCCUGGGCCACCGCUCCUCACCCUUCGAGUACUCUUCCGACCACAAGAGCACGCCCGAGCAGAUAUGGAGCACGCGCAAGACAUAACGAACGGCCAGAAGCGUGUGUGUGGGUUAGAGGGUUCGUCACAAGACUAUAUAAACAAACAAUCUAAUCGAAUGAACGCUACCAUCACCUGUGAGAGGGUUCAACACAGAACUAUAUAAUAUAUGAACCAAUCGAUUGAUUUGAUUGAAUGAACGAACAAACUUCGCUACAGUUUCACUCAGCCAUAGACACAACUGAAACCCAGGAAAUGCCUUAGGGGACAGUCCAAACGCUGUAUCAUGCACGCACUGCGUCUCUGUGGGGGGGGACGUCGGUGUGGACGCCUUCUCUCCUUUUCUCUCUCCGAUUGGUGUCUCGUGCUGUUCGAGGAGUGACAGGGUUUGGAUGCGGUGGGGGUGGGAAUGGGAUGGGGUUGGGGUUGGACGUGGGCACAGACAGACAUAUUUUUGUAUUUAAGAGCAAUGCUGCACUGUUUCGCAAAAGCUGCGGCAUAAUUUUCCCUUUUUUAUUAUUUUUAUAAAUGAACUUGGUUUUUUUGUUUUACUUUUGUUUUAAAAGAAAAUUUACUUGGACAACACAGCAAUGUACUGAGUGCUACCCACGUCCCAUCAACCAACACUGGAUCCUGGCUUUGACUCGACUCGUCACACAGUCUAUGUGUUUCUGUGGCUCAUUUGAAGAAAGUAGUAUGGCCAAGUACAGUGCAGUAUGGUCCUGAUGUAUCAUGUGGAGUCUGGAUGUAGAGGAUGGUCUUUUUCCAUGGCUAGUCUAAAGGACUUGGGUUCUCCCUCCACAGUACCUCGUUUACAGUGUUUUCCUGUGACCACCUUGCCGAUGAUUUUUCUGCUUUUUUUCCAUAUUUUUGCAUCAUGCUUGAAGUAUUUAAUUUCUGUUUCAAAUGUAAAAUAACCUGGAUUUUUUUUUUUUUUAAUGCACAUCUGAAAAAUGUCCCUUUUCACACAAAUUGUACUACUGUAAAUUAUUGUAUAAAAGUAAAAAUCAAAUGGGCUUUUUCCUCUCAGGCUUUUUUCAGUUUGUCGUUAUUUUUGACUCUACUUUCCCCCCCAUCAACUCAGGCUUUUUGUCAACUGUAAGAAUUAAUGAUCAAGAUCUUAUGACAGUUAAUGGUAAUUAUUAUUCUAUUUAGAAUGUAACUCGGGAACUGGGGGGGAAGUCUAUUCCAUUUGUAUAUGCCUCUGGGGGGUUCAUAUUCUUUUGUCUCUGUUUCUGUUUUUGGUUAAUUCAGAGUUGUGAAUAUAUGUCAGUAAAAACAGAUGGCAAACCUCACGUUUUAAAGCAUCAUGUGAUAAAAGUGUAAGGGUCUAUCGUAGAUAGAGGCACUUAUAUGAUCUCAAAUAAACUAGAACAUUUUUAUGGACUUUUUCCUUCUUAUUUUUGUUUAUUUUUUAUACAUAAUUGUAGGCAAUAAUGUAAACUCUAUGCAGCCCAAGUGUAUUUCUGUGAGACGGCCCAAGCAAAGUCAAAUGCUGUUACAGUACACACUGAUGUAUAUAGAUUUUUUUUCUCUAUAUUUCGAAUUGAAUUUACACUGAAAUGCAUGGAUUUUUAAAAGAUAUUGUUUUAUAUAAUUGUUUAUAAAGUCAUUAAACUCGAAUCACUGUUCUCACCUGUAAUGUGGAGUUGUGGAGUGUGCAAGGUUGUGCAGCGUCCCCUUUAGAACGGUUCCCUCCUUGAUUCUUGGCAGGGGAAAAAAAAAAAAAAAACGGCAACAAACAGCAACAUGCACUUGGCUUUGUUGGACAAGCCUGUGUGAGUGAACCCUUUUCUGGCGACUCUCAGGGAACAUGUCAUGAGUCCAGUCUUGUGUGGGUGGAAGUUGGCAUGCCAUUCACCGUACAACAUGACUCCUUCUGUCACCAAUCACCAAUCUGUGUGGAAGGCUAGAUAACAGUAUUUUAUCGUGCCUCUUUAUCUCAGUACAUGAUGGUAGAUACAGUAAAAGAAAGUGUUAUGACAAUACCGUCCUUGUUAAUUUUUUUAAAUUGUAUUUUUUUUAUGACGGACUACUGUGAUGGCAACAACGUCGACAUUUUGAGCCAGUGUUUGUUAUACCCUUGUCAACUGAUGUUUCUUGGUGCUUGGUGGAAAUGGGAUGUCAUGACUGUAACUUAUUCAUUCUCACAAUGAACUUGGAAGUGUAGUCACA